AUGAAUAGAUUUUAAGAUGCAUUGAAACACCAUGAUUUAGCUAUUUUGAAAUACCCUGAAAAUGCAGAAUAUUAUCGUGGAAAAGGUAUAACUAACUUCAUAUAAUUUAAUAGCGGAUACUCUAAGAUAAAUGAAUAGAUAUCAAGAAGCCAUUGAAUAUUAUAAUUUAGCUAUUUAAAAAAAUCCAAAAACUUCCAUGUAUUUUAAUAACAAAGGUAAUGAAAUUUUUUUAACUUCUUAGCUUUUACUCUAUAUAAAAUGAAUAGAAUCGAAGAAUCAUUGGAAUAAUUUGAUUAAGCAAUUUAUUAAGACCCUGAAGAUUCUAAUUAUUAUCAUAAUAAAGGUAGCUUUAAUUAGCAUAAUUGUCAGGCUAUUCAUUAAUUUUAUUGAAAAGAUUUGAGGAAUCAUUGAAAUAUUUGGAUUUAGCUAUUAAUAGAAACCCUGAAAAUCCAAAAAAUUAUCAUAGCAAAGGUUGAAUUAACUUUUACUUUAGCGCUAACUUUAGAAAAAAUGAAUAGAUUUGAAGAGGCAUUGGAAUACUACGAUUCAGCUAUUCAGAAAAACCCAGAAAUACCAGACCAUUAUAAUGACAAAGGUAAAAUUUAUGUUACAUACUUUUUAGCUAAUACUUUACAUAAAAUGGAUAGAUUUAAAGAAGCAUUGAAAAAUUUUGACUAUGCUAUUUAGAAAAACCCUGAAAAUCCUCUUUAUUAUCGGAACAAAGGUAUAAUUAAAACUACAUAAUUUCUAGCUGUGACUUUGGAAGCAAUGAAUAGAUUUGUAGAAGCUUUGGAAUAUUAUGAUUCAGCUAUUUCCAUAUACCCUGAAAAUGCAGACUAUUAUAAUGGCAAAGGUAUUAUAAAUUUGACAAAAUUUUUAGCAAAUACUUUACUAAGAAUGAAUAAAUUCGAAGAAGCAUUGGAAUACUAUGAUUCAGCUAUUUCCAAAAAUCCUGAAAAUCCAGACUAUUAUAAUGGCAAAGGUAUUAUAAAUUUGACAAAAUUUAUAGCAAAUACUUUACUAAGAAUGAAUAAAUUUGAAGAAGCAUUGGAAUACUAUGAUUCAGCUAUUUCAAAAAACCCAGAAAAUGCAGUUUAUUAUAACAACAAAUGUAAAUUGAAAUUAUAAAUAUGAGCUUAUCCAUUAUAUUAAUUAAAUAGAUUGGAUGAAUCAUUAGAAUAAUAUGAGUUAGCAAUUCAGAAAAAUUGUGAAAAUCCAAACUAUUUUUAUGGAAAAGGUCUAUUAAAUUAGCAUAAUUUUCUAGCUAAUACUUUACUAAGAAUGAAUAAAUUUGAAGAAGCAUUGGAAUAAUACGAUUCAGCUAUUUCCAAAAACCCAGAAAAUGCAGACUAUUAUAAUGGCAAAGGUAUUAUAAAAAAUUUGACAAAAUUUAUAGCAAAUACUUUACUAAGAAUGAAUAAAUUUGAAGAAGCAUUGGAAUACUAUGAUUCAGCUAUUUCCAAAUACCAUGAAAAUGCAGACUAUUAUAUUAACAAAGGUAAAUUGAAAUUAUUAUAUUUGUUAGCUUAUUUAUUAUAUCAAAUGAAUAGAUUUGAAGAAUCAUCUCAAUAAUGUGAUUUAGCAAUUUAGAAAAACCCUGAGAAUUCUAACUAUUAUGCUUGGAAAGGUAGAAGCAUAUGUAUAAAUUCUUAGCUAAUUCAUUAAUUAAAAUGAAUUGCUUAGAAGUAGCAUUGAAAUAUUAUAAUCUAGCAAUUUAAAAAAACCCAAACAAUUCAAGCCUUUAUUAUGGCAAAGGUGAAUUACAUUGUUUAUAUUUGCUUAGCUAAUACUUUACUAAAUAUGAAUAAAUUUCAAGAAGGUUUGGAAUAAUAUGAUUUAGCUAUUGCAAAAAAUUCAGAAAAUUCGGAUUAUUAUAAUAACAAAGGUAAAUUGAAAUUAUUAUAUUUGUUAGCUUAUUCACUAUAUAAAUUGAAUAGAUUUGAAGAAUCAUUAGAACAAUAUGAUUUAGCAAUUCAGAAAAACCCAGAAAAUUCAAAUUAUUACAAUUUGAAAGGUAUAAGCAAAUUUGUAUAAUUUCUUAGCUAAUUCAUUAAUUAAAAUGAAUUUCUUUGAAGUAGCAUUGAAAUAUUAUAACCUAGCAAUUUAAAAAAACCCUAACAAUUCAAGCCUUUAUUUUGGCAAAGGUGAAUUAAAUUUUUUAUCUUUGCUUAGCCAAUACUUUAUAUAGAAUGAAUAGAUUUGAAGAGUCAUUGGAAUAAUAUGAUUUAGCAGUUUAGAAAAACUCUAAAGAUUCUGAUUAUUACAAUAACAAAGGUAAACUUAAAUUAGCAUAAUUGUUUAGCUUAUUCAUUAUAAUAAUUGAAUAGAUUUGAAGAAUCAUAGAAAUAUUAAGAUUUUACAAUUCAGAAAAACUCUGAAAUUUCAAAAUACUAUUAUGGCAAAGGUAUAUUUAAAUUGUGAUAAUUGCUUAGCCAAUGCUUUACAAAGAAUGAAUAAAUUUGAAGAAGCAUUGUAAUAGUGUGAUUCAGCUAUUUCAAAAAACCCAGAAAAUUCAGAUUAUUAUAAUAACAAAGGUAAUUGAAACUAUUAUAAUUGUUUAGCUUAUUUAUUAUAUUAAUUGAAUAGAUAUGAAGAAUCAUUAAGAUAAUAUGAUUUAGCAAUUCAGAAAAACUCUAAAGAUUCUGAUUAUUACAAUAACAAAGGUAAACUUAAAUUAGCAUAAUUGUUUAGCUUAUUCAUUAUAUUAUUUGAAUAGAUAUGAAGAAUCAUUAAAAUUAUAUUACUUAGCUAUUUAGAAAAACCCUAAAAAUAUAAAUUAGUGUUAUAGCAAACGUAUAAUUGAAUCUCCAUCACUUGUUAUUUAAGAUCUUCUUUAAAAGUUGUUGUUUAUCAAUUUAUUUUUAGUUAGAAUGCAUAGAUAUGAGAAAUAGUAAAAACGCUAGGCUUUAGAGAUAAAAUGA